AUGGCGGAAAUUACCGACAGCAGCGCGAAGAAGCGCAAGCUGCACGACGGCCCGGAACUCGAAAUCGAUGUCUCGGCGCCAGAACCGCCGUCCAAGAAGGCUCUGCGCAAAGCGAAGAAAAAGGCCGCCGACGGGCCCGACGCCUCAGACAAACCCAAGACCAAGAAAGAUGAGUCUGGUGAAACCAGUGAACCCCAGGCAACCGCUGCCAAGGACCAACGCUCAGAGUAUGGGAUCUGGAUCGGCAAUCUGGCAUUCUCGACGACCAAGGAUGAUCUCCGCAAGUUUUUCACCAGCAAUUGCUCCUUCUCCGACGCUACCAUCACCCGAAUCCAUCUACCAAAGGGCCAAGAGAAAUAUGGAAAGUCGCAAAAUAAAGGAUUCGCCUACGUCGAUUUUUCCACACAGAAGGCACUGCAGGAGGCACUGGGUCUGAGCGAGCAGCUCCUCACCGGUCGGGCCGUACUGAUCAAGAAUGCCAAAAGCUUCGAGGGUCGGCCCGCGAAAACCCAGGAUCAAGGAGAUGCCGCGAGCUCGGGUUCUAAGUCCGGUCACCCUCCGUCGAAACGAAUCUUUGUGGGCAAUUUGGCUUUCGACGUCACGAAAGAGGCUCUCGAGGAGCAUUUUGCCCAAUGUGGAACGGUGGCCAAUGUUCACAUGGCGACUUUCCAGGAUACCGGCAAGUGCAAGGGAUAUGGUUGGGUGGUGUUUGAAGAAUUGCCUGCUGCUGAAGCGGCCGUGAGGGGGUUUGCCUUGGUUACCGAGGAAGACGAAGAAGAGGAAGAAGAGUCGGAUUCGAGCGACUCUGACGCUGCAAAGCAGAAGAAACGGAAAUCCAAAAAGCCCCGACAGCGGAGGGUGUGGGUGAACCAGCUCAUGGGACGCCGCAUAAGAGCAGAGUUUGCGGAGGAUGCCACCACGCGGUACAAGAAACGAUUUGGCAAGGAUGGUGAGGGAAAGAAGAAGGAUGCCGAGGACGGUGCAGAUGCUUCGGAAGACCGGCCACGGAUUAAGAAGGCCAAGAAGCCAUUUGAAGAGUCUCGAUACUCUGAGGAAACUGUUCAGAGACUCAGUGGUGCUAUUGUGGAGGCCCAGGGCAAGAAGAUCUCGUUCGACUAA